GCUGCUCUUGGAGAGGUCACUCCGGAGACGGCGGAGCUUUUGGGGCGUGGGGGUCGGUGGCAGUAUGUGGCGCGUCUGUGCGCGGCGGGCGCGGAGUGCAGUGCCCAGGGCCGAACUCGGGCCUCGGUGGGCAGUCUUGAAGGAAGGCCCCGGGGCCCCAUGCGGGAGCCCGCGGGCCGACCCCGCCGCGGCUCGUUGCAGCAGCGGGACCCCGAGCUAUGGGGUCCGCUUGCUGUGCGGCUGGAGCUCCGGCUCGGACACUGCGCCGCGUAACCGCUUACUGCGGCAGCUCCUGGGGUCUCCAGGCCGUCGCUCUUACUGCCUCCCCCCGCACCAGAAGGUUCCAUUGCCUUCCCUUUCCCCUACGAUGCAGGCAGGCACUAUAGCCCGCUGGGAAAAAAAAGAAGGGGAAAAAAUCAGUGAGGGUGAUCUAAUUGCAGAGGUUGAAACGGAUAAAGCCACUGUUGGAUUUGAGAGCUUGGAGGAGUGCUAUAUGGCAAAGAUCCUUGUUGCCGAAGGGACCAGAGAUGUUCCAGUUGGAGCCAUCAUCUGUAUCACAGUUGAAAAACCUGAGGAUAUUGAGGCCUUUAAAAAUUAUACAUUGGAUUCAGUAGCAGCUACCCCACAGGCAGCCCCAGCAUCAGCUCCAGCUGCUUCUGCUGCACCAAGUGCACCUUCUGCAAGGGCUCCUGGGAGCUCCUAUCCUACUCACAUGCAGAUACUUCUUCCUGCCCUCUCCCCCACCAUGACCAUGGGCACGGUCCAGAGAUGGGAAAAGAAAGUGGGUGAGAAGCUCAGUGAAGGAGACUUACUGGCAGAGAUAGAGACUGACAAGGCCACUAUAGGCUUUGAAGUACAAGAAGAAGGUUAUCUGGCAAAAAUCCUGGUCCCUGAAGGCACAAAGGAUGUUCCCCUAGGAACCCCACUUUGUAUCAUAGUAGAGAAGCAGGAAGAUAUACCAGCCUUUGCAGACUACAGGCCAACGGAAGUGACCGGCUUAAAGCCACAGGCAGCGGCGCCUGUCCCACCCCCGGUGGCAGCUGCUCCUCCCACUCCCCAGCCUCCGGCGCCUACACCCUCAGCCCCUCCUGCUGGACCAAAGGGGAGGAUAUUCGUUAGCCCUCUUGCAAAGAAGUUGGCAGCAGAGAGAGGGAUUGACCUCACCCAAGUUAAAGGAACGGGACCAGAAGGCAGAAUCAUCAAGAAGGAUAUUGACUCUUUUGUGCCUUCUAAGGCUGCUCCUGCCCCAGCAGCUGCCAUGGCUCCCCCAGGUCCAAGAGUGGCACCAACUCCUACGGGUGUCUUCACAGAUAUCCCCAUCAGCAACAUUCGCCGAGUGAUUGCACAGAGGCUAAUGCAGUCGAAGCAGACCAUACCUCAUUAUUACCUUUCCAUUGAUGUAAAUAUGGGAGAGGUGCUGUUGGUACGGAAGGAGCUUAAUAAGAUGCUUGAUGGGAAAGGAAAAAUCUCUGUCAACGACUUCAUCAUAAAAGCUUCAGCUUUGGCUUGUCUGAAAGUUCCCGAAGCAAACUCUUCCUGGAUGGACACAGUUAUAAGACAAAAUCACGUGGUUGACGUCAGCGUUGCUGUCAGUACCCCUGCAGGACUUCUCACUCCUAUUGUGUUUAACGCACACAUAAAAGGACUGGAGACCAUCGCGAGUGACGUUGUUUCUCUAGCAUCCAAAGCCAGAGAGGGUAAACUGCAGCCUCACGAGUUCCAGGGUGGAACAUUUACAAUCUCCAAUUUAGGAAUGUUUGGAAUUAAGAAUUUCUCUGCGAUUAUUAACCCACCUCAGGCAUGUAUUUUGGCAAUUGGUGCUUCCGAGGAUAAACUGGUCCCAGCAGAUAAUGAAAAAGGCUUUGAUGUGGCUAGCGUGAUGUCCGUUACACUCAGCUGUGAUCAUCGAGUUGUGGAUGGAGCGGUUGGAGCCCAGUGGCUUGCUGAGUUCAAAAAGUACCUUGAAAAGCCUGUAACAAUGCUGUUGUAAUUUACCCAAGAACUUCUACCCUCUCUGCUGACAUUAUAUUUAUAUGUUAUUAAACAGGUGGUUCUUUUAAAGUUUCACUAGUUAAAAUUUAUUAUUGAGUCUGUCCAGAUAAUUUAUUUGUAAUAGGCAUUAAUGAAUCUUUUUUAAAUGCCAGUUACACCCAAAUAUUAUACCCCUUUAAAAUUAAACAUAAUUUUAAAGCUGAAUAUGCCUAGUGAAGGGACACAAGGCCUAACUCUUUGGUGAGAAAACCUUCCUGAGGGUAGAGGAGGGGUAGGAUUAUAGCUCCCUGCAGACUGGCUCAUAAAAGUAACAUGGAUGAGACCUGCAGUUUAAUUGAUUCAGCUUACUUAGUGUGAGGGAAACAGAGUCAUGGAAAGUAUUUCUCAUGGGAAGAGUUUGAACUGAAGCUUUAUUUUGGAAUCUAACCCUAGAGUUUCCUAUUACAUGAUCUUGGUUUAUCACAUGAGAACCUCAAGGCAAAUAAGUGAAACUUUUAAGAGUCAGCAUUUUCAACCAACUCUUAUUUUUAUAUGAAUCUCUAAAUAAAAUAGCUUUCCCUUCCUUAAGAUAAAGAUAUAAACCAACUUCUUGGUAUAAAUGAGAAUUUAUGUAUUUAUUUAUAAGCAAUUUCAAUGUAUAAUUUGAGAAUUCUGCAGUUUCCUCCAAAUAAAAGAACAUGCUUAUUGAAAUGAACAAGUUGCAGGAGUAGAAUUUUCCUUCUAAGAUGAAUUGGAUGUUAAUUGUAAAUGAAUUCACUUAUCAAAUGUUAUUACUCAACUGGAGAACUCUUUGGAAUGAGUAUGGAAUGUAUAUGGGAGAAGUUGUACAUAUGUAAUAUAUGGUUUCAGAGUUGUAUAUGUGCCAAAGUCUAUUUAUCCCAGAUCCUGCCUGAGGAGGAGGAGAGAGGAUGUUAGGGGUAGUUUACAGCGCUAACUAUUAUGUCCAAACUGGGCACGUAGCUGGGUAGCUUCAGCUACUCAGAAGGCUAAGAAAGUAGGAUAGUUGGACAAUAUAGCAAGACUAUCUCAAUAAAACCAAUAAAAAUGAUGCCCAAAACAUGAUAAUUUCUGGUUGGAUAAAGGUUUUUUAAAAAAGUAUAUAUUCAAGGGUUUGGUUUCUUAGCCCAGUUCUGUCUCAUUGGAGGGAAGAGCUUAAAUAGGUGUCCCCUUACCAGCCUAAAUGCUCCUUUCAUUUUAUUAUGUUUUAUCUUUCUUUUGGAGGGAAGGGGGCUGAUAUUGCAGGAACAUUAUCACAAUUCCAGACUUCUGUUAAAAUGGUGUAUUUUAAUAAAUGUUUGGAAUUACUUGUGACUUUAAAAUAACCCUGACCAGUGCCUCCUUAUGUGUAGUAUGUGGGGCCAUCCUCUGGAAGUUGAAGUGUUUCAUCAGUGUUGAAUCUGCUUCUAAAUGUUUGUUAUCACGUGGUGUACAAGUGACGCUCCAAAUACUCCACAAACAUCCAGCUGCUAUAUCCCUGUAGACAGUUCAGUGCUGUGGCCUACCUCUUCGGCACUGAGUGAUCCUAGGCCGCACUGAAUACUGGACCGAAAGAAUAUGCUUAUCACAGGGGUCCGUCAUUAGCAUGAGCCAAAUCUAGUCUAAUGUGAAGCUGAAAAAUGACUCAUUCUUUGCUAAUGCUCCAUUGUUCCUUUGGAAGAAAAAUAAAAGUUUUUCAUCUGACAAAAAA